GAAUUUUUGAAGUUUUUAAACCGUCAACUAAGCGCGCUGCGAAUUUAGUGGCAAUCGAGCCAGAGAGCUGUACAGACGGACACCACGGACACGAGACGACGCGAAACUUGAGCCGCAAAAACGAAACCGAAAACCGAAACCAAAACCGAAUCUAAAGAUUGCAUCUCGCGUGGGUCGGCAAUCGGAAGUGCAAUUCUCUUCUCUUCUCUUCUCAUCUCUGCUGUAGCAGGCAGCCACCCGACUCCACACUCUCUAUCGCUCUGGAGCGGCGGAACUAAUUGAACGACGGCAAAACACUUGGAGAUCUCAUCUCGAACUGGGAUAAUUGUUAUUACAUUCGAAUGUCGGGGAUGAGGGUUGCCAAAAUUGGCUAAAGAUAACGAAUAUUCGGUGUAAAAAUUGUUAAGUUGUGCGUGUGAAGGCAAGCGUGAAAGAAAACAAGAAGAAAAUUGCAAAUUAAGAUCUUUGUGCCUCAAAGAAGGGAUCCAAGACAACAAGAGAAAACCCAACAUCAUGAGGAUCUGUCUGCUGGCAUUCGUUGCCCUGGCAGCGUUUAUCUCUGAUAUUGGAGCCAGUCAGAGUCCCAGCUCCAGUCAGUACCACAUCCAGACGGAUGAGGGGCCAGAGCGGUAUUUCCGCUUCCAAACGGACAACGGACAGUUCCGGAAGGAGAAGCGUCUGCAGGAUGGCACUGUCAUAGGCACUGAGGCAUGGAUCGAUGCGGCGGGGUAUCUACGACAGAAGGACUACAUAGCCGACAAGCAGGGCUAUAGAAUACUCAAGUCCAAGACCAUCUAUGUGGGCCAGGGACGUCCCAUUGAGGAUGCCAUCAAAUCCACAAAGGCAGCGCCUGCACAGUCCGGCAUACUGGUCGAUGGAGGAUCUUCGGGUGCUGGUUCCAGGAACACCUUUGGCGGCUAUCAAAGACCCGCCUAUGGCUACGUUAGUUCCACAACUUCGACCACCACUCAAGCUCCGCCUUUGGACUUGCAGCUGGACUUGGAUCCACUGGUGGACUCUGGCGUGGGCAAGCUCAACUAUCUGCCGCCAGAAGAGGCAGCCAAGAUCCAGCCUCAGUCCCAGCUGGGCUUCGAUCACUAUCCGGAUGAGCUGCCUCGAGCGAGGGGCCAACUAUUGUCCGGUCAGCACACGCCGCUGGUGCACAUCCAGCCGAAUGCAGAGCCCGUGGACAAUGGCCUCAAUGCCAUCAACGUGUACGAUGCGGAGGCGCAUAGGGACUUUGGCCAUGGACAAUUUGGAUCGGUGAUCAGCUCCACGACGCCGCAACCGCCGCUGCUGUCGAUGCUGCCACCCUUGGGCACUCCGCACAGACGCCGCCUGCGUCCGCGUCCCACUGCCAUUGGGAUUGUCUCCAGCACUCCAUCGCCCAUUGCUGCCGGGGAUUCCUAUGGAUUCUCUGUUCCAGCGCCAUUUGCUGCACCGCCUUCGGCUGCGCCGCCUUCUGGCUAUCAUUAUGCGCCCUCGGCAACGCCCUCAACGAGUGGUUAUGCUCCCUCCUCAGCCUCAAAUAGCGGUUAUGGCUACUACACGCCCAAUUCCCCGCUGGAGGUGAAUUCGCUGGAGGCUGCUCUACUGCCACCGCUGCCAUCUCGAGCAUACCGCCGCCGCCUGCGUCCCGUGCAGAGCAAUCACUUGGAUGAGCUCAGUGCCGCUGGCUACGAUGGUGUGGGCACCACUCGCAACGGUUUCCGGUAUGUGCUGCCAAAGCAGUACCACGAGGAGGAGACGAGCCCGGCGGAUGGCAAGCGGGCGGGCAGCUUUGGCUACGUGGAUCCCUUCGGCAUUCGGCGCGUGGUCUACUACAAUGCCUCCCCGGGACGGGGCUUCAUUCACAGGAACAACAAUCAGUAUGUGGGUGCGAAUGGAGCGCCCUACGAUGCGCCGGGUCCAGCGCAGCUGGUGAAUGAGUAGAGUUCUCCCACACAUUUAAUCUUUCCCGAAGCACUGCCUCCCCUCCUCCAAGCGGAGCCUCUCUCUCUCACACAUGAAGCACCAAAACUAACCGUAGAACCUCAGAAUAACACUUAAGAUUAACCAUGUACAUAAUCCCCGCUUUUAGCAUCAUUCUCUCUCACUCUCUCUGUCUAUCUCUUCCACACACACACAAAGAAAACGACAUCUGUGUUAAUUAAUUU